ACGAUGAUUGAUUGAUUGAUACGACUGGUGUAUAAAAUACUUCCUUCUCUCUCCCCAUGUUACCUCAAAGUGUACUUCAACAUCUUCUCUAUCCUCGUAUUACCUAGAAGUGUGCGUCAGCACCUUCUCUCUUCUCACGUUACCCAGAAGUGAGCUCAACAACUCUCUCCCCAUAUUACCUAGAAAUGUGCGUCAGCACCUUCUCUCUCCCAUAUUACCUAGAAGUGUGUGCCUCGCUUCCGACCACCUUUCUUCACACGGAAAUUUCCCAUCCAGCCGAAGUCCGCUCAAGAACUCAUAUACCAUAGAACUAUAUGCCAUUCAUAUCCGGGUCCUACAUUGGAUUAUAAAAACUGUCGCAGAUUAUAUAAUAUAUAAAAAACUAAUAAUAUGAAUUAUAACUCAUAUUAUUAAUUAGUAUGUAAAGAGAGCUUAUUAGUUAUUAUAUUUCUGGAUGAUAUAAAAUCCAUGCGAGAGAUAAGAUGUACGAGAUGCAUCCAAAAAAAUUCGACUCGGGACGAUCGUUUGGUUCGAAUCAAAACGUUCUUCAAUGCAAUCACCCAAUGAACUACUCGCUUGCACAACGUAAGAAUUGCUCGACACGCAAGGCUCAAAAACAGCGAAUGGUUAUCUCACCGCUUUGCUUCUGCCACCUCCCUGCUCUCUAUCUCGAUGAACUGGAAAAGACAAUACAUUGUUCAAGACCCAAAUUCUAAUUCUAAUUCUUAUUAUUCCUAACCUCAAUCAAGAGGAGGUGAAAAGCUCAAAAUAAUCUUUAUUAUGAUUCAAUGCAUUGUACUAAUAAUUAUCAUUUACUAGAUUUGGAUCAAACUCUAACCGUGAUAUUCGGCAUCGCAUCUAUCGUUGUGCCCGUCAUCACCGCAAUACUUUUGCGUCGACGUUUCUCAACCAAUCCCGAGCUAGAAGGUUAGUAAAUUUUAUGUUUUUGAAUUCCCCGUCUUCUGCGGAAUCCGAGCAUAAGAACUGAUGCUGCCAAAAAAAAGUUGCUAGACAAAGUUUCGUGACUUGCUAAGGUUGCUGUGCCGAUAUAUCUUGAUUCUUCAACCCCGUCAGAAUUAGUGGAAACCAUGCUAACCCUGUACAUUUAUUAGAAGACCUUGAGAGAAAUGCAAUUCCUACCGCCGAAGGAUACAUAAAUGAUGGAGGAAAUCCACUCGGUGCAUUGCUGGCAUACACAACGAGAAUAAACUGAGCGGACGCGGCCGAGGACGAAGACGAAGAGAACCGGGAGUUUGACGAAUGGCAUGGAGUUGGAUAAAUAAAGGGCACAAGGAUAUCUGUGGAAUCUAUGAGUUUAAAUGCUGAGGCCGAUGCUAUAAAGUACUACAAUUUUGUCGAAUACAGCAUUUUAGCCAUUGUCGUAAUGAGAAUGGAGUGUCAUUGUACCAUCACGUGACCGAUACGAAUGUGUCCAGGCUGAAGUUGAUCAAAACAGUGCAACGAAGCCCAAACGAUGAUACAUAGUUAGAUAAGAAAAAGUCGUCUUGAACUAGAAAGACCAUUACAAGGCAAAAGCUUAGACUGUAUCGACGUACUGAAUACGGCGUGCUUAUCGAUAAUCAACCUCCAAGCAUGGCCAUGGCCAUUCAAGCUGGCGAGCAUCUUUUGUGUCUAUCCAACCCGUGUUGAAAACAAUGCUAAUCGCAUAGUUAGCCCCAUCCAUAUCAGAAGCAAUACACUUGUACUGUUGAAGUCUAAACCGUCGCAUAUAAGAACGCCGUCAGGAUGGCACAGAACAUAUCGCGGUGUAGCAGAAUGCUGCAGAACUUGAGAGGUCGCUCCCUCACGACCUCGCAUUAUCAUAUCGAAUGCUUUGAAUGAGAUCGAAAAACAUAGAAUAUAUGUUAUCCUUGGGAUGAAAAAGGUAAGCUCGUCGGUGUUGUGAUGACUAUGUGGCCUGUAUCGCGUCUCUCCUCCGGCAUGAUAAUUUAAUGUUAUCCAUCGACACCAUGCUCAAGGAAAACUGGUACCAACUUCCAAGCCCAGGCGAUUGUUCAGAAACAUACCAGAAAAUGCAUCUCUGCAAGUUUUGAAUCCUGCGACUUUAUG